CCCCUCUCUCCAUCUCUCUUCCUCUGUGGAUGCUGCGCUGAUUCUUCUUAGUUGUGCGCUUUUCUGAGGAUCCCGUGUAGAGUGCAGUAGUGGACUACCCCCUCAACUUUUGCCUUUUUUUGUUGUUGUUGUUGUCUUCCUCGAGGUUUUCCGUCUUUGAAAACAAAAACAAAAAAAGAUUUCAGGAUAGACCGACUCCGGGACCAACCAGCGACUUGACACCUGCUCCCGGCGAAAUAACCUUCUCCUUUGCGGUUAUUCGCCGUCGCAAGCAUCGUCUCUCUCUCCGGGCCACGCUGGAAGUCGCCCCCGAUGUGGCCGUCGGGAGCGGGGAGCAGGCAGCCCUGCCCGCGGGAGUCGGCGCUGCGCAGGGCGGUCAUCAGCGGCAACAUCAACGCCCUGCCGCCGCACCACGUCCCCACCGGCCGCAGCGUCCGCGUCUUCAUCUGUUCCAACCCCGACGACACAGAGGCAGAGAGGAACGCGCUGAAAGAGCACGUCUACCCCAAACUACGGGACUUCUGCCGGGAGAACUAUGGGAUUGAAUUCCAGGUGGUGGACCUGUACUGGGGCGUCGAUCCAGAGGAGUGGGACAGCCCCGAGUUGCAGCGACUAAGAAUGAAGCUCCUGGAGGAAUGUCUGAAGACCUCCGCGGGGCCGUGUUUUGUCGGUCUGGUGGGAGAAAAGUACGGCAGCAUCCGCGUGCCGGGGGAAGUGGAGUCGGCGGAGUUUGAGAUGAUCCUGGACGCGGCUGUGGAGGCAGGCCUGGACACACACAUCUUGGAAGAGUGGUACUGCAGGGAUGAAAACUCGGUGCCGCCCGCAUACUACCUCAAACCCAAAGCCCAAAUGCUGAAGAACUACCAGAACUCUAUGGAGUCAAGCAGCGCGGCCAAGACCAAGAACGACAAGGCCUGGAGGAAUGUGUCGGAGGAGAUCAAGAGGAUCUUCCGGACGGCGGUGCUGCAGCUCCAAGAGAAGGGGACCAUGAAGAGCGCCGAGGCCAAGAAAUUCCUUUGCUCUGCCUUAGAGGAUGAAUUAGACUUUGCCCUCGGGAAACAAACUCCUGCCUUUCUCAGGAAAUGUGUCUGCUACAUUCGCAAGAUCUCCAACUUUGACCGCUUCGCCAAAAUCCCCGAGAUGGCCCGGUACAUGGACAUCGUGGUCAGCAGCGACCGCGUCAUGCGCAACCAGGAAGCCUACGAACGCCUUCUGAAGGUGCGGGACGAGUUCAUCCCGACUGUGGUCGCCGCCUCCAACCUCCGCGUCUACUCCUCCGUCACGCACUGCGACAUGAAGCUGGGCUACUCCCAGGAGGUGGAGAGCCACUACGUGGAAGGCCUGUGCAAGCAGUUCUACGAGGACAUGGUGGACAUCAUCCAGGCCACGGUCCAGCAGAACUUCGACACGGAGGCCGACCAGCUCUACGACGAGAUCCUGCAGCACCUGUCCCUCUGUAAAAGCAGCGCCGCGCUCUACGAGUACAAGACCGAGUCGCUGGAUUACGUGCAGGAGUACGUGAUGCCGUCCAAGGGGAGCAGAAUGAGCCCUCUGGUGGUGUACGGAGGACCGUGCACCGGAAAGACGCUGCUGCUGUCCGAGGUGGCCAAAGAGGCCUACACAUGGCUGCAGACAGAGAUGGGACCUGAAACCGACCCAGUGGUUAUUGUCCGUUUUAUUGGCUCCAGCCAGCUCUCCACAGACCUGCGCACCCUCCUCCAGAGCAUAUGUGAACAGAUUGCAUUAAACUACCGCUGCUUGAUUCACUUUUUGCCUAACAAGAUCCAGGAGAUGAGGGAGCUCCUGAUCAACCUCCUAGGGGAAUCAUCAUUCCACAGACCCUUGGUCAUUGUUCUGGAUGCCUUGGAGCAGCUCUCAGAUGCAGAUGAAGCUCGCAAGCUGUGGUGGCUCCCCAUACACCUGCCUCGGACAGUUCGCAUUGUAGUCUCAACGUUGCCCAAUAAACAUGGCAUCCUGCAGAAGCUCCGACACCUCAUCCACGAUGAGGGGUAUUAUGUGGAAUUAAUUCAGAGGGACCGCAAGAUUUGCAGCCAAACAUUAAAGCAACAGUUGCUUGGGGUGAAGAGGAAAGUCACCUCAGGCCAACAGAUCUAUGUCAAUGAGGCACUUGCAAAGUGUACAUUACCUAUGUUUGUCAACCUCAUCUACAGGGAGGUAGUUCACUGGAGGUCUCACAAAGAUGUGGAUGACAAGUCCUUGUGCUCCACAGUGCAUGAAAGUAUAGAGCAGCUCUUCUACUCAGUGGAGAAUAAGUUGGGCCAAAGAUUUGUCUUCAGAGCAUUAGGGUACAUCACCAUGGCCAAGGCGGGACUUACUGAGGUUGAGCUGGAAGACAUUCUGUCCCUGGAUAACAUAGUCCUUGGUGAUGUUAUUGUAGCAACUUACCUCAAAAACCCCUUGAGGAUCUCUUAUGACUUGGUUGCGAGACUCAAAGAGGAGCUGGAGGGAUAUCUGGUGGAGAGGCAAGUACGCAACGUCACCCUGAUGGUGUGGGCCAACAGACACCUGCAUCUCAUUGCCCAGAAGCUGUAUCUUAGCAAUGAGGAGGAUGUCCAUCAAAUGCACAGCCUCCUAGCAGAGUACUUCCUGGGGGCGUGGUCAGGAGGCAGGAAGAAGAUCUUUACCUACGACAACAACCAUUUCACUUCCCUCAACAUAUCUCAUCACAAAAACCCCCACCAUCAACAGACCCAUGAAAAAACAUCGUCUGAUAAGUACUCCUAUGACAGGCAAACUCCCGAGCAGCCUUGGGUGUUCCAGUGCAACCUGUUGGAGCCUGAUAUUUUCUUUGUCAACCACAGAAAGAUGACAGAGCUGGUGUACCACCUAACCAGGAGUGGGCGCACCGAUGACCUCAUGUUUGGUGUCAUCAUGAACUUCAGUUGGCUCUACACAAUGAUCAAGAUUGGCCAGUUUGAAAAGGCUGUAACUGACAUCGACCUAGCUUACAGCUACACCCAAGAAAAAGAACUGAAGUUCUUGGCCACCACUUUGCGUAGCAUUAAGGUAAAAGUUUUGAAGAAUCCAGCAUCACUGUCUGCAGAACUGCAGCAACGACUUCUGCCAGUUGUCACCUCCCUCCCCAAGCUCAGGCACCUACUUCUGGAGUGUGACAAAGAUGGUCCAAAGUACUGCUCCAUAGUGCCUCUCCACUCCUCUAUGGACGUCACGUACAGUCCAGAGAGGCUUCCUCUGUGCUCUAGCUACAUACAGAUUGUGGAGAUCUUGCCCACAUUAGCUCCAAACAUAGUCCUCGUAGCCCUGGAAGAUGGGUCUGUCAGUACCUGGGAUGUAGAGAGCAGGCAACUACUGCGACAGAUUGACACAGCCAGAUCCGUUGUGCUGGGAAUCAGGCUAACCACUGAUGAAAAGUAUCUGGUCGUGGCCACGACCAAAAACACGCUGCUUAUCUAUGAUAAUCACAAGUCCUGCCUUUUAUCUGAGGUCGAAAUCAAGGGAUCCAAGCAUGGUGGCGUCACUGGUGGGGUGGCCUUCAUCAAUGGUUUUACUUUGUCCACCCAUCAUGCUUUGGCUUGGCUUGAGGCUAGUAAAGACGUCAACGUCAUUGACCUUCUCUACGGCUGGCCUCUCUACCAGUUCCAUUGCUGGUACGAGGUAACUUGUGUCCAGUGCUCCCCGGAUGGAAUGUAUGCCUUCUGUGGUCAGUAUCUCAACACCGCAUCCAUCUUUCAUCUGGGAAAUGGGGACAAGUUGGCCACUGUGACCUCUGAGUUUUCUGGGGGAUUUGUCAAAUCCAUCCUUGUGCUGGACACCCUUAACCAAAUGGUGAUGAUUGACAAUGAAGGCAGUUUGUCAGUAUGGAACACCAAAGAGAUCACCAACCCAAGGCUGAUGGAGGAUUAUGAUUGUAGAGGGGAUGAUAGUGAAGUGGUGGGCAUUGAGUUAUCAGAGGACCAGCGCUCCAUUCUCAUUUGCAAGGCCACAAGUAUUGAAGUACUGGAUACUAAAGUAUGGAAAAUGGUGGAGAAGUUCAAAGCCAAACGUACUGAACGCUUUGUUGCUGCUGUUCUCUCCAAGAAUGGACAAAGUAUUGUGGCCUCCAUGGAGAACACCUCCUCCAUCUUUGUUUGGAGGAGGGACAGUGGACAGUGCAUGGCUAGCCUGAUUGAGAUCUCGGGUGCUAUUGUCAAACUCAUUAAAUCGGCUCACCACAACUUGCUGCUUUCUGUUGCAAGCAGUGGAGUGCUUUCUGUUUGGGACAUUGAUAUCAUCACUGCCAUGUCUAAUAUCGACAAAACAGGCAAGAAGAUUCAGACAUUGCUGCUGUCUGCCAGAGAGGACUACGUGUUUACUAUGGAUGGCUCAGAAGCUGUCCACAGGUGGAACUUCAGUACAGGCUUCAUUGAGACCAUCUUCAAGCACGAAGGGAUAGUGGAGAACUGUGUCCUAACGUCCUCAGGGGAUCUCAUGGUGACCUCAGAUGACAAGUCCAGCCAGUACAUUUGGCAAACCAGCACUGGAGAAAACAUCUUCCGCAUCAAUGGACAGAGAAUAUCACAGCUGCUAAUCACCCACAAUGACCAGUUUGUGGUGUCGCUCUGUGAGCAGAACGCCUCCAGAGUCUGGAGGCUUGCAACUGGGCACAAAGUGUGCAACAUCUUAGUCACCCUCCAAAAUGCACUGGUCACCACAGCGAACACUUUCCUUGUGGGAACUACCAAAAACAAACUCCUUGCUGUCAGCCUGUGGUCUGGGAGCGUAUCCAAGAAGUUUGUUGGUGAUGAUGGUAUUACCAUUGUCAACUUCAAGCUGAUUCCUGACUGCCCCGACUGUGUGGUGUUCAUCACAUCCACAGAGACUGUCUUCAUCUGGAGUGUGGCAGAUGAGUCAGUUUGCAGGCGAGUCCAACUGCCAACCAACUUCCUCAAAAAUCUGGAGGACUUCCAGAUCUCACCUAAUGGGAAACUAGGAAUUGUUUCCAAAGGUGAUGAGAAUAUUAAUGUCCUAGACCUUCAUAGUGGGAAGCUGAGGCUUGUCCAUGCUGCUGGUAUAAUCUGGCGUCAGAAAUUAUCUAGAGAUGGCCGUUACCUCGUGUACGUCUGUUUCCGGAACUGUGAUGAAGAUGACGAUGCCGGUGUUGUGUCCAAUUUGAUAGUGAUGCGCCUUGCGGAUGGGAAGAGCAUCGGUACAUGCUCGCUUUACAAGACUCCCACCUUCCUGUCACUCUCCCAACGAGCACUGAAUAUCAUCAUUGGCUUUGAAGAUGGCAGUAUCGGCACUUACACCGUAGUGGACCGUGUGGAUGCUGCCCUCAAGAUAAAGAUAGCCACCUCCAACAGCCGACAGAUUGUCAACAAUGCCUCGCAGAAGGUGCGGCCCAAAUGUGGUAACCAUUCCUUUAAGACCGUAGCCGACUGCAUUUGGAGGGAGUCGACAGAGGUCUUCUCCAGGGACAGUCCGAUCAACGUGUCUGACUCUGGUGAAGGUGAGUCUACAACGCCUACAAAAAAGGCUGAACUGCUGCAGUGAUAGGUGGAUAACAAAAAAACAGGUGGAGUUCGGAUAGGGUGGUGGAGAAAGAUGACCAAGUUUAGAAUCUCUGGGGUUGCAGUUGAUUCUUGUUUACAGCCACGUGAUUCAGCUGCAGAUGUCAGCCCUCUGGGUAGUUCAUGGGCCGACUAUUUAAACGCUGCACUCAAAUUAUGUAUUACUUACUUCCAACUUAUGAUACAGUAUCUGUUUGUUUUACACAUGAAGACUGUUAGAAAAACACUACGUUUUUGAAAAGAAAAGUAAAUUCUGUAAGUUAUUAGUUUGCCAUUAUGUGUCCUUUUGCAUUUGAAGAACAAGAUUAUUAUUCAAAUGUCAUGGUCAAACAUUUUCAAAGCCAUUCCAAUGAUCUUAGCCACUUUCAUUGUACAUUAUCUUUAUUUACAUUGUGCACAUUAAGCCAUAACGUUGUUCUUAAAAGAGUAUAUUUAUGUUUGUAUUUACAUCAGUCGGUACUGUACAAAAUGGAAGAACUUUGAACAUAUGUACAUAUCUCUUUUUGGCUGCUGCAAUUUGUGCAACUCCUUAAAAAUAUUAUGUUGUGCUUAAUGCAAUCAAAGUGAGUGCCUGGAAAAUUAAAAUGUUCUUUAUGGGCAGAUUUCAAGAUUUAUGAAAAUGCAGGGAAUUUGUAAACACAGUAUACACAAAGUUACAUAAUACUUGCAUUGACGUUAAAUCUAAACGAUCAGUUUACUUAAAACCAGUCAACAACAUGAGAGAUCGACGGCAUUGCUCUUUGUAAUGAUAGUUGUAGAAAUGUCUUGGAACAGCUCACGUAAAUUCGAAGUGAAUUUACCUGCUGUUUCCUCCAUUUGUGUGCUGUUCGUCUUUAAGGGAAACACCACUAUUGAGCAUACAGUGUAGCAUAGCACCAUACACAUUCACGCCUUAACCAGUGUACUUGCUUUAGGUUUAGUGGAGUUUGUUCAAAUGUUCCAGUAGAAAAGGACAAAGAGAUAAAGCCUAAUGUUUCACUGAAGUAACUUGGCUGUGUGAAUAUAUUUAGAGAUAUAGACAAUAGUUGGAAGCACUUUAUGAGUGGUUUGUGAGAAAAUAUUAGAUUUACAUAUACAAAAUUGUAUAAAUUGUUUAAAGUGAUCUAGAUUUGUCUUAAAGGGGUAUUGGAUCUAUCUACUAAAAUACACAAGGCCAUCCACGUACUUGCAGGCCACAGCUGACUCACUGAAAUGCUACAGUCUCUCUAUACUAUAUAUGCCUGGUACCAACACAAAGAUGUUAUCAUCUUCACAAUUAACUGCAGAGAUGGGCAAAUCUGAAAUCUUUGGGCUCAAAUAAGGGUCAAUAAGGUUUUGUCCUUGUGUAGUUAUGUUAAGAAAAAAAAAUAGAAUCUGUCAAAUUGUGUGAACCUGUUGGGGGGGGGGGGGGUGUUGUUGUGGGGGAAAAAAUGAGAAAUUUGGGCACAAAGUUUGCAACAUACACUAUUUGGGCACAACUAAUAUCAACAAUGAGGUUACGCUGAGAAAAAAAAGGCUUUUGUGAAAAUCUGAGUACAGACCCAAAGCAGAAAACUGUGUUUCACUGAAAUUGCAGAUGGACACAAUUCAGUUUGACAUGCACAUUUUGUCUCUGCAUUUACAAGCUAAAUCAGGGCCAACAUUUGGACUUUAAAUGACCUUCUUUUUUAAAAGAAACGAAUGUGUGCCUUCUGCUUAAAAUCUGGUAGCUGAAUCGUUACAGUGCAUGCCACAUAACUGCAAUGUCCAUGGUUCGAGUUUGGUCUGGGAACUUUGUUGCAUGUCAUACCCUCACCCUGUUUCACUUCUUCUUCUUCACUAUCAACUACCUGGCAAAAGAAAGAAAAGAACAAGUCUUUAAAGAAAUAAAUCUGUACUGAGAUGCUCACAAAAGCAGUUAUUUUAUCUGACAAUUUGCAUAACCUCGGAAUUGAUAUCAUUUUGCCAAUUCUUAUUCAUACAUUCUCAUUUUUCCCCCCUAAAAAUACAAGUAUUUUCUUGCAGAGUAACUUGAUUCCAUGCUGAUUUUUAGUGCAGGUUUACAUAAGUCAUACACAAUGACAAAUUAUUUCUAAAUGUUAUUUAUGAGCUGUAAAUCUUUUUUGAUCUUUACUGUACGUGAGCCAAUAGUUUCUGACUCACGAGGACAUGCUGACACAGUAAAAGCUGUAACGAUCCGGCUUACUGACAAUCUAAAAAAAAAACAAAUUGGGAAAAGUAUGAGGUUGUACAAUGCAGGAUUAUUUUAAAAGCAUGUCUGUAAUAAUCCCGAACUUGAUUUGUGUUGAAAUUCUGAGCUCUGAUGAGACCCAUCAUCUACCAGGCAUGACUGAAACAAAACCCCCCACACUUACACUUUGACAUAUACUUUUUAAGGGCUAUUCCAUAUUAUUGUAUGUUUACUAGUUUUGAACUGUUGAGGUACAGUAAUGGCCCUUGGAUAAUUUCAAACUGAGUAGCAGCAUCAAGCUUUAAAAUACUUUAUUUCCCUACAACUCUGACAGUAUCUAAAUUGAAGAAAAAAAAAAAGAUCACGGAAUCGCCAAAGUCCCUAUUACACUUUGUGUUUCAUUUUGUUGACCGUCUCAUUUGUUUUAUUGAGGCUUGUACUGUAAUUAUAUUGUUACCAAAUCGUUUGAGUGUUCAGCUGUGAUUAUAUUUAUGAUAGAGAAAACGUGCUAUCUUUGCUAAAAAAGAGUUUAAAAAAAGAGUCCUCUUAUGAAAUACAGUAUAUUGGAAUGCCAGUUUAAGAGUAUAUUUGAAUGUGUCCAUAUGAAAGCCAGUACAUGGUAUUAUUGUAUGUUAAGUAACUUGAAUGACUUUUAAUAACUUACAUGUUUGCAACUCAUAGUUGACCUACUGGUAAUGAAUGUUUCUAUGGUAUUCUUUGUAUUGUCAGGACUGACUUAUCUGUUUAGAGAUUUAUAUUUUCAUAAAUGUUGUACUUACAUUUUGUUACAGAGUUGUUUAACUGGGAUUCAAACUGAAAAGAGAAAACUUAUGUCUGAAGCAAUAUGAAUCUAGUGUGUAUGCAUUGUUUGUAUGAAACAUUUUAAUGUAAUAAAAUGGUUCACUUUUUGCCUCCA